GGAGGGGAGGAAGCUGGGAGCCAGGAUAAAAUCAGGAGGGUGCAGCCCAGGAGUGAUGCAGGCGGAAAUUGCUCUGCCCUAGGCUAGAACUGGAGUAUAGCUAUGGGGCUGACAGAAAGCCACCAAAUCCACCUGCUCCCAUUCUGUGGCAUCACUAAUCACAUAAGCACCACCCAGGGCUGGCAGAGCAGUGGCACCAGCCCCGUUCCCCUUCCUGUGUGGGCUGCAAGUCCCCAGGCCCAGCCCUGUCCCAGCAGGCUGCAGCAACAUGUUACUCUUCUCCAAAAAACACAAGGCCCCCAUCAGCACUUACAUCAGCUCCUACUGCCUGCUGAGCUUUGUCGGAAAGACCAUCCAAGAGCAGACUCCACAGCAGCUCUGGAAAGAGAACAAGUUUGGAUUAACAACGCCCCUGUUACAAAAUCCAUCGAGCCAAGGUCAGACCAAGCAUUUGAUAGAGGUGGCGAUGCAGGAAUACUACAGCAGCACCAACCCUGCUGCUUACUGGCCCAAGAAGUACUGGCUGGGCAGGUCUGAAGGUACUGGUGAGCACCACAGGGUCUGUCGCUUUUGCAUUACACAGCACAACACAGUUUUUGUCAAUAAGGGCAAAUACAUCACCUGGACAACAGGUCCCUACAACCACAUAGCCUGGAAUAAGCACUCCUCUCACCUUCCCCUUCUGCCCAAGGAGGCAAGGUUGGAGACCUUUCUGCACAGCAUGCCCAAGCUGUAUCCCCCAAAAUCCACCUGCCUAGGAUGGUGCCUGCGGCAGCUCCCCUUGGCCGUGCGCCGCUUCCCUGGCACAUCCUGGCCAGAGGGUUGGCUGCUCCCGCAUCCGUCACAGUGCCUGAGAGAACACGCCGGUGACGUGCCGGUCCCCUCCUCCUGCUCGUGGACGCGGAGCAGCCGGCUCGGAGCCCCGAGACGCGAUGGAGAGGACGAAGCUGCCGGGGAGGUGGAGGUGUAG